AUGCCCCAGGCAGCCACUUCUUCAUUCAGCGAGAAAAUGAAACUCCUUACGUUCUUCGCCUUUGUAUGUGUCGGUACCUUUGCGGUGCUGCACAGCGUCUAUGGUGCACCUGCGCCAUCGCCUGCCCCAGAACCGAAUCCAGCGGCUGAUCCCAAGCCCAAGGCGGACCCUAACCGGGGCUACGCGUUGAAGACCCUCCCAGAGCCAUCGCAGAGUCCCGUGGCAGAUCCGAGUCCCAAUCCAUCGCCUGUUGCCGCGCCUCUUGCAGCGCCAAUGAUGCCACAGCCCACGCUGUCUGAGAAAUCGGAUGCCAAUUUUGUUGCCCUCUCGGCCAGUCCAGAACCAGCCCCAGCCCCAGCUCCAGCUCCAGCCCCAGCUCCCGGUCCAUUGCCAGUGUUUUUGGAUCCGAUGGGCUAUGCGGGCAGCCUAGAUGAUAUGGCGCCCGAUGGCAUUGCCGAGGCAUCGCCAGCCUAAGGAAUGAGGAUCUUCUCUGAAGAGUUCAAAGCAGCAGCAGCAGCUGUAAAAUUUUAAACUUAACGAUGUCUGCACACACACAGAACAUUCACGCACACACAUAUACAUACAUAUUUACAUACAUAUUUACAUAUGUACUACAAUCACUUAAUGUGUUGAAUGUAUCCCCCCAGAGCAUGAGCAAAUUGUGAAAAUUGCAAAAA